GCAACUCGGAUCUGUUCAAGUAAUUGAAUGUUUAAAGCGCCUUACAUUCGAUCAAAUACCAGAUGAAAGUGGUGCAGGUAUUUGGUGGAAUAUGGUCACACAAAAAUGUCUUACAUCAAACGGCAUCAAAGUUAGGUGGCGUGAAGAUAGUAAGUAUAGUAAGUUCAGACGUAAAUUUUUUUUUCUGGAUAUACAGUCGCCAAUUCACUUUAUUUAAUACUAUAGAUAACAGCAAGAUAUACAUACAGCUUACGCAUAUAUCACCACUUGUUCAAUUUGCCACCGCAGUUGAAUAUUUCGUACACUUAAUGAAACAUCUUUGUUGUUUGAAUGCGGAUAAUGACAAAGAUAUACCUUUUGUAAAUACAAGAGCGCGACUUACUAUGCAAAUACUUGCAAGAGAAGCAAGACAAAUGGUUAAACAUGAAGAUUGGACAAUUAAUAAACGGGAUGAUGAAAUGAAACAAAGAGUAAAAGAUGCUACUGCUCAUUUAAUGCAUAGAAUUAAAGAUUUCGGAUGUAAUUCUCCUGAUAGGCAAGAUGAUGAAAUUGAUGAACUAACACCUUUUGCUAUGGUACAAAAGAAGAAUGAUGAGGAGGUUUGGUAUAAUGGCGAGAUGGUUGUGAAAGUAUUAUGGAAAAAUAUCGAAGAAGUAAAUUCACAGUAAUUUUAUUUCAAUAUAUAGAUAAACAACGAGGGAUCAAAGUAAUGAACUUUA